UGGACAUCAUCUCCAUGGCAGAGACAACCAUGAUGCCGGAGGAGAUCGAGCUGGAGAUGGCGAAAAUUCAGCGCCUCCGGGAAGUCUUGGUCCGACGGGAGUCUGAGCUCAGGUUUAUGAUGGACGACAUCCAGCUCUGCAAUGACAUUAUGGACCUGAAGCAGGAGCUACAGAACUUGGUCGCCAUCCCAGAAAAAGAAAAGACCAAGCCGCAGAAGCAGAGAGAGGACGAGCUAAUCCAGAAGAUCCACAAGCUGGUGCAGAAGAGAGACUUUCUGGUGGAUGAUGCAGAGGUUGAGCGGCUAAGGGAGCAAGAAGAAGACAAGGAAAUGGCGGAUUUCCUGAGAAUCAAGUUAAAACCUCUAGAUAAAGUAACCAAAUCUCCAGCCAGCUCCCGAGCAGAGAAGAAAGCAGAGCCCCCACCUAGCAAGCCCACGGUGGCCAAGACUGGGCUGGCACUCAUCAAGGAUUGCUGUGGGGCCACCCAGUGCAAUAUCAUGUAGCCCCCCACGUGGGGUGCCCCCGGGGCCACGGGGACCCCCCCUUGUCUUCAUAGCCCCCAUUUCACCGGGGCCCAAGAGCUCUCCGAGGCGGAAGGGGUUGAAGGCAAGCCUGUGACUGCCGCCAGGGGCCGUGGGCGUUGCGGGCGGGCCCGGCCGCCCUGUACAGAGUGUAGCAAUAGGGAGUCCCUCACCGUCGCAUGGCCCCCCCCCCAGAGCAUGCCAAACCCAGGAGUCUGUCUCACUGUUUAUCCAACCACCAGGAAAGGUCCUCCCUUGAAAAAGUAUAUCUCCACUUCUAUCUAUCUAUAUCUAACCCACUGUGCGAAUGAACUGGGACAGGGGCAUGAUCCCCAGGUGUGUAUAGUCGUGACUUUUCAACAAUCUAGCACCAUGUUGGACACAUCCCCCAUCCACCCUUCUCGCUCUGCUGUCAGACCUGCCCCAGAUGGGCACAGCUUCUGUCCCCUAUCUGUCUUCUCCCAGGCGCUGUGCUCUGGAGGGAGGGCUCCACACAGCCCAUGCAUCUUGAAGACACGAGGGCCCAUCUGUAAAGACUGAGCUUGUGUGUGGUGUUGUGGUUACGUCUCCUGCUUUCUCCCCUCCUGUGUCUGGGCAUGGUUCACAUCCGGAGUGUGCCCAUUCGUUCUUGGCUCUUCCUUGCCUUGCAAUGUCUGCCCCAGGUGUGUGGAGCACAGUGGGGAUGAGGGCCUAGGCUGGAGCACAAGCAGUGCUCAGAAGAGGCAGCAGAGAGCUAGAGGCUCCAACACCAGGCUUGGGCAGAUGAGAAGGGGACCCAGAGCAGAUGCUGACUCAGGCGCUCUCCACCCACUGGGGGCCACUGGAGGGAGUGCCAGCAGGACACCACUCACCAGCCUAACACACAGACCUCUGGAAACAGCAGUGGCAGGCGGGAGAGGUGGCCUGACCCAACCGUGUCCCAUCAUUUGGUGGUGUAUUUUAACCAGCCUAAUAAUUCCACCUGUGUAACUUGAUGUACAUUUGCUACAGCCAGCUCGGCACAACCUGUGUGAUCUCUCUGUACGUGUGUGUGUCGUGACUGGCCUAACGUAGUUAGCGUAACUCAAGAUUCACUGAUGUGCAAUCAUCCAUCAGAGAAAAUAAAAACGGAAACCACGUACACAGCAUUUUUAACGUUUUUUUACUUUUUUCUUGAUCAUGGAACUCAUCCGUGGACAUAGUAAACCUUUUAAAAGUAUAGAAAGUAUAAAGAAGUUUCUUGUUUUCUGUUUGUAUCUCCCACAAAUUUUCCAACUCAAGACCACGCUGCCCUUUUGGCAGAUCUCCUUUCAUGCUUUCCCCCCGCCCCCACAAUUGGUGUCAUAUUGUACCAUUUUAUAACCAGUUUCUUUUUCAUUCAGCGUGAUAUCACUAUCAUUUUCCCACAUCAUUAAGAGCUCUUUGUAACAUUAAACACUCUUCACAAAUAUUUGCAAUGGCUGCUUAGUAAUCCAUCUUGUGGCUAUGCCAUAAUCUAUCUAACUAACCCUUACCUUAC